UGCCCCGUUGAAAAAAAGGACCGCUAAAACGGGGCAUGCAUAUGUACCAUGAAUUUCUCAAAGCAUCAAGAAUUUCAAAGAGACGGGCUGAGAGAGAUCCAGCACUAUGGCCAAGAUAUAAGCAGCUUCGAAACCAGGGGCGGUUUCAGGCGUCAAAAUCGCAGGAUGGCUAGAAAACCCAAGGGCCCGGUUUAGGGCGUGGCGGGAAAAAUUGAGCCACACCCACUAAAAAUGUGGCUUGGAAUACGAUUGAUUCAAUAAAAAUUGAUAAUAAAGCAAUACGCUAAACAGCAGCAGUAUAUCGACUUUAAUUCGUAAAUUCGGACCCAAUUGAAUCCAUACCUUUCCGCUCGUGUAAACAGGCUUUAAAAUCCCAUGUAGAGUUAAGAAUCAAAAUCAAAACUUAUUUAAAUUCUCUCUCGAGUUUCAACUCUUUUCGAAGAAGUGCAAAUGAACCAGCAAUGACUUGCUCGUAAUCAAGUGGAUUUUUCUCUUCUUUUGAAAUUAUCAGUAGCGCUGAAUAAUCUUUCAAAGGAAACUUGGGUGCAGCCAAGUGUCAUCAAGCAUUUAUACGCGUUGUAGAGGGAAGGGUAUGCUACUAGGUGCAUGUUGUAUUCACUAAUUUCUUUAUAAAAACCAGUAAAUUUAGGUUUUUAAUUUUCGCAAAAAUCCGAGGGUGGAUUGUCCUUAAUUUGUUCUUAAAUUUAUAGGGUGAAAGCAGUGCGAUUGCUAGCUUUUUCGCUCUUGGGAGGUGUUCAGGCAUUAUGUGCCAACAAAGUGAGGGGGACAGCCUUCAUUUGACGACAAGGUUGAAUAUUUACCGAAAAGCAACCACAUGGCUAAAAUUAAAAAUCCUCGUUUUGGGAUAAAAUGUUGUGCAAAAAUGCAUUAAACAGUAACUCAGCCUUAGCUUGUUCCUAAUUUGAUCUCAACUUUUGGCCAGUUUUGAUGCUCAUAUUCUUAUAAAAUUGUUAUAUAUGAUAAAAGAUAUAAAUAUGUAAAAAAAAUAAAAAUGAGCGUCGGUACAAAGUUUUGAAUGCGCAGGGUAUGCACAGUUGGCAAGCUUUUACCCUUUUGAUAAAGGGUGUCGAUGUUGACUUUGGGGUCCUUUCUCUCUUUGUGAAUCCCCACCUUGAAAGUCAUAGUUUUUCUCUCCAUAUGUUUCUUCUCUAAGAGCUUGUUCCUUGAGAUAAUCUGUUUUCAGGAUCUCUAUUUCCAUCACUUGAUCGAUAAGCUGCUGGUAGCAAUUUGCAAAUGCCAGCAAUUCUGACAUUCUAUGAACUUGAAAUCUUGAAAAAGGCUCUUAUUGCUCUUUUGCUUCCUCUUUGUAUCAACAAAUCAUCUUAGCAUUGUUAAAUCCUGAUACAGAUCUCUGUAACCAGAUGAUAGUGACGACCCCUUGUCAUCUCUCUUCUGAAUUUCCUGUUUUAAAUUUUACGUUAUUUUACAUUUACUGAAGCCCCCUGCCAAUAAUUGCAGCCUAAGCCUUAUGUCCUGUAUAAUAGUGUACUAAGUGAAAAUAAAUACAAUGAGCAGCCGCCCCCCCCCCUCCCCUCAAUAUGAAUUUCGUUCCCACAGCACUGUCUCUGACAGUCAGAUACCCUGGGCAUCAGAGCCACAUAAAUUAGAGAGCGGAAAUAGAAGAUAAGAGUACGCUCAUUUGCAUCUCUGCUUGGCAUUCUGUUUACGCGCUCGAAAUUUUGUGGCUCUGGGACCCAGGGUACACGUAAGAUUGAACACGUUGCUGAAAUAACGGAAACCAGGGUUUGGGUGGUUUGAAGCGCAUGUAUUGGGACUUUAAUCGCAAUAUAAUCAGUCUAGGGCAUUAAGUAUUUGACAUAAAGUUAAAAAAUUUUCUCCAACACGGGAAGGCUCGUAAAUUUUUUGUACACAGGGCCCGGGUGGCGAUCGCCACUUUGCCACCCGGGCCAGACCGCCCCUGACCACACUCGUUGCUUGUAAUUAUUCUUCAGCACAAUGCGUCCCUCCCCGUAUCUUUAGGCCUAUAAAAUACCUUCUGGGUACAUUUUCACGACAAAGAUUUCUAAUUUGGCCUUACCAAGAGGAAAGAAAUUUGAUUCAUAUCAAAUUUCUUUUUCUACAAAUUCAAUUUGACAAACUAAAUAUAAAACAUUCGCACUGUCCUACUCAUGCCAUAUUAGGUUCUAAACGACAGACAGAAAAAUUCAAGAAUUCUAUAUCUAAAAUGGUCUAUAUUAUUAGGUAAUAGACUUGAAAAGUUAUUUCUAAUCUAUUUGAAGAUAAAAAUUGCAAACAUAUACAUUUUCAACUCAUAAAACCACGACAAGCCACUGCCAUAUUCCCCCUGUAACUGCGUAAACUAAAAGAGCCAUAAUUUUUAAAAUUAUCUUUAAAAACCCCCAAAAAAUUGCUAUGUGUUGUUGAUUUAUAUCUCCUAUUACUACCUGCAUCAGAAAAGGCAAUGAAAUAGUUGUGAGCCACGAGAAAAUCAUUCAUUAAAACAAGCAAUUUUCCAUACUGAACCCUAUUGCAGCUCGCUUUUUGCCACUAUUUAAAAUGGCGGAAGUAAACAAAUUUGCCUCACUCGGCAGUACGCAGCAUCAGACGGGCCGAGUCAGCCCGGGCUCUUCGGGUUAUCGACAACGGACGGCUGAGAGGUCAACUCGAAACGAGGUAAAUGAGCGGGAAAGUUGUUUCUCAAUGGUUUCAGUAAUCAGGAAAGAUGGAACGUUUUACACUUAUUUUAUUUGACAGCCAAGUCUUGUCAUGUUUGCCAGCUUUGAAUGAAGACUUCAAAGGAAUAAAUGAAUCUGGGAAGUCACUUGCUCAACCAGUAAUUGAAGACUCAUCAUUUCUCACUGGAAUAACAUCAGUUCAAAAGACCUAUGUUGCAUUCUACUCUUUUGACAGUCUUAAAGGUGGUUUGGAACUGCCAAAAUGUCAAUGGAAUUCUAUAUCCAGUCAAUUUAUCAAUGAAGAAUUGAAUGAUGGGAAUUUGAUUUUGUAUCUGCUUUGGGAAUAUGCUAAAGAAUUUCAGGAAUCAAAAUGUGCUGAGACGAGGUCCAAUCCAACUAUUUCUAAUGAUCCUGUAGAUCAUUUGCAUGAGCUGGCUGACAAAUUGCCUAUUGAAGGGUCAUAUAUAUUGGAAGUUAUCUUGGUAGAAAGUGGCUCUGAUAUGCUUCACCCGGAGGAUUGUUUGUCAUUUUACGGAUAUCUAAAAAGAUUGGAGCUUUGGCACAAUGCCAGAAUCAACUUUUUUGACAUUGACGAGCUUGUUUUGGAAAGUGGUGGUACAAAAAACAGUCUAGCAAUGGAAAUAUGGAAGGAUGCUAUUAGAAUUGGCAGGAUAAAGAAAUCCUGCAAGAGCAUGACACUUAGACCAUCAAUUCUAUGGAAUGGAGAUAUGAUCUUACGCAAUGAGAAUGGCUGCCAUACUUGUGUGCCUGGCUUUGAACUGCGUAGUAAUGCUAACUUUCAAGCUUGUGUUUCCCUUCAGGAUACUGAUGCUGAUGGCGUACAAAGACUGUUGAUUAACAACGAAAUUGAGGUUCUCCAAGCCAUAGAAUGCCACGAGGUUCCACUGCACGUGUGCUGUGCUCAUAAACUAAGACUUACCGCAAAAGAAGAACGUGAAAAAUCUACAGACUACUUUUUGAAUGUAAUUCAGAAAGCAUGCCAAGAGAAUAUCUGCUUUCUUGGCUGUAUACUGUACGACUUGCAAAAGUCACGAAACCAAAGUGAUCAGCCACUGACUACAAAGAAAUGGUUCGAUUAUGUGAAUGAUAAAAAUACUGAAUACCUCGUCCCAAAAGAUCUAAAGAAAGUUAUGCCAAAAAGAUGUAUGGUUGUCAUUAAGGGAUCCGAGUAUGGAGAUGACGUUGAUGUGAUAUUCCUUAAAGAUCUAGAUUGCUUUAAUGGAAGCUCCCUUUACAGUUUCCUGUGUGACGAACAUUCCUUAUCGAAAAACACUGAAUUUUUUGAACCCAACUUUAAGUGGAAGUUGGCGAUAAUUACAGACGGUGAUAUCUUAAAGGCAGAUCUAAAGUUUCAUGAAAGACUUUGUCGGAGCUUGGAAGUACCCGAUCCAGAGACAGAAGAGAGUGACUUGUUUUUAUCAUUUUCGGAAAAAACCGAGAAGGAAUAUAUCAGAGAUUUCCACUUAAACGACGGCGAAGAAAUAGCAAUGGAAUAUCAUGCAGCAAAGGUACUUAGUCCUUCACUGUGGCCUGAAAGACUUGCUUGGAGCAACCAGGAGACUUCAGCUUCAGCCUUAAUUAAAGGAUCCCUUAAAAGGUUUCAGUCAGCAGAAGGCCACAUGAAAUUGAAAGGCAUUCCCGUCUCGGCUGAAAGUCAUUACCAAGAUGUAACAGAAAACUUCUCUCAGAUUCAAAAAUUAUUCGAUGAAUUUGGUGGACCUGCAAAUACAGAGAUGAAAAGGAUUCCUUUAGUCGCCGAUCGUCUCUUCAAACAGCUACCACCCGAAGAUGAUGUAAAAAACCUCCCAUUCUCAAAAGCAACUCAGUUUUUCGGUCAUGGGAUUGAUUAUUGCCUGGAUUCGCACAAUUCACUGAAACUGGAUGCAAAGAUAACCAGGAUACAGAAACGAUUCAUAUCAGAUGAUACCAGCUGCACAUUGACUCAAAUACAAAGGAAAGGUUCAAGACUAAAAAGGGUGUCUAAAAACGGAAUACUUUCGGAUGAAAAUCGCCAGUCAAGAAAAAAGCGGUCACCACAAAAACCCUCGAAGGAGAAAGUACAAGCAUCCCAGAAUAAAAAUAACAAUACUUCAAAUUCCAAAGAAAAAUUCGAAGACGAUAAGAAAAAAGUUGUGAAGGUUAAAGAUUCUGAUGUUGAUGACUCUACUAGCACUGCAAAUAAGGAAACAAGAUCACAACGCCAUCAAAGGAGGCUGCGGAUCAUUUGCGAAGGAACAUUACAAAAAUACGGAAAAAUUGAUAAAAAGGAUCCUGUCUUUGAAAGAUGUGUCACGAGAUUAUUCACGUUGUGUAAAAGUUUUUUAAAAGACCUCAAGACAUCGGAAGGGCUAACCGCUGAAAUGAAAAGAAUUGCAAAGUGUAAUGUUCUGCAGGUUGUUGAGUUCGAAAAAAGGGGCAACUGAGCAGAGUUAUGCUUUUUAAAAAAUGUACAAGAAUCUUCUGGAUAAUAUUAUACGACGUGUAUCAUACUGGCAGCAGAAGAUUGUUUAUUUUAUGUCAAUAUAUACUUCUGUAAAUAAAUGAAUAUCAAAGUUUGUCCUUGCGUAUUAUCUUAUUUUGAGGUUACCCAGUAAAUGUAUUUUUUAGAGAAACUGGCGACUGGAAUUGGAAUGCUAGCUCCUUCAAAUCAAGAAUGGGUUGCGCUGCUGCAAAAUCACAGUAGAGCCAAAAUAGUUUCCCUGAAUGAAAACAAUAGAAUUGUAGCACAAUCGAUUUAGAAAUAUUGGAAAACUUCAGAAUCAGAAAAAUUGUGGUCCUGUCUUUGUUUGAUUUCUAUUUAUAAUUAUUAUAGAACUUUUUCUUAGAGAAAAGUAUGCAUUUGAAGAUGUCUAUAUUGAAAUUACGAGAACUCUUUUCGCGUUCCUUGGGUACCAUUGUCUUUGCUCAAUUCAUAUUUUCAAAACAAUUUAAAAGUGGACUCUGUAAUGUCUUUUUCCUUGAGUUUUUGAAAGAACUGCGCUGUGAUAGCUUUUUAGUCCUCCAAAAUUUUGAAACUAGUUUAGCUAUUGGCAAUGAGCAGUACCGCCGAGAGGGGGGGGGGGGGUAGCCGGGGCAACUGCCCCGGGGCCAGGGUUCUUUUAGGGGCCCGUGAAAGAUGAAGCUGUUUUAUUCUGUUAUAGUUUAUGAUGAUAUUGAAGCGAAGACUUAAAGUUAUGUAUUUUAUGAAAUUUAAGAAAUUCUCAACUUAGUCAAUAGCAAAUUUUUCCGUUUUUGAUAAUCUACUUGAAAUGAUAAAAAAUAUCUUGUUUGAAAAUUAAAAAAGUUUAAAAGGGGCCCGUUUCUAUUUAGCUGUCCAGGGGCCUGUCCUAGCUC